AUGGCACCUCUCAUACCUCGCCUGCAUCUCUUUGAGAUCGAUGACCAGCCAUGGUUCCCUUCAUUCCUGCGCAGCCACGUCCAGGAUGCUCUCACUUUGGCGUGGAACUCCAAUACGCCACUUCAACCUGAAUCUCCCGCUCGCAUCGCCGCAUCUACCCUUAUCCGCCAGCUCGGUAGCUCACUCUCUUCCUAUACAUUCAUUGACUUUUGUGCCGGCGGAGGGGGGCCUAUACCCGCGAUCCAGCAAGCUAUCAACAGCCAUCUCAGUACUCAAGACAAGUUACCAGUCGACUUCAUCCUGACCGACUUACACCCUAAUGUCGCGGCGUGGCAGAAAAUCGUCAACAAACAUCCACAAAUCACGUUUGAGAGUCAGUCUGUGGAUGCGAGCAACGUUCCAAAGCAUCUUGUGGAACGCCGGGACGGAAAGAAAGUGAUGCGACUCUUCAACUUGUCUUUCCACCACUUCGACGAUACUCUAGCAAGAGGCAUUCUUAAAGACACGGUCAAUACGGGUCAUGGGUUUGCCAUCUUUGAGCUUCAAGACCGUAGCUUCGCAAGUGCGAUUAGUGUCUUGAUGUUCGGAGUCGGAGCAAUAGCCAUGGCACCAUUCUUUGCCUUGAAACGAAGAUCUCUGGUCAUAUUCAUAUUUUCCUGCAUUAUCCCCGUGAUCCCUUUUGUCCUUGUAUUUGAUGGAUUUGUUUCGUGUCUGAGGGUGAGAACACCAGGGGAAGUUGAGACUCUCCUUCGUGGCUGCGCUGCCCGUCCGAUUGCUCGCUCCUGA